UCCUCCUGCUCAUCCUCAUAUUCCAGGACCUCCUCCUACUGCUCUUCUCAUUCUAGGAUUUGGGCACUGAAGGACUAUGGGCCAAAGAAACUCUACUUCUCUGCAUGAUUUCAUUCUGCUGGGCUUCUCUGACCAUCCCAAACUGGAGAUGGCCCUGUCAGGAGUUGUCGCCACCUUCUACUUGAUCACACUGGUCAGCAACACAGCCAUCAUUCUUGCGUCUCUCCUGGAUUCCCACCUCCACACACCAAUGUACUUCUUCCUCCGGAAUUUAUCUUUCCUAGACCUAUGUUUCACAACCAGCAUCGUCCCUCAGAUGCUGGUUAACUUGUGGGGGCCUCAUAAGACCAUCAGCUAUGGGGGCUGUGUCAUUCAGCUCUAUGUUUAUAUGUGGUUGGGCUCCAUCGAGUGCCUUCUCCUAGCUGUUAUGUCCUACGAUCGUUUCACAGCUAUUUGUAAGCCCCUCCAUUAUUUGGUAAUCAUGAACCCACAUUUAUGUCUCAAGAUGAUUAUCAUGGUCUGGAGCAUUAGUUUGGCCAAUUCUGUUGUACUGUGUACACUCACUCUGAAUCUGCCUAGAUGUGGAAACAACCUUCUGGAUCAUUUCUUGUGUGAGUUGCCAGCUAUGCUCAAGGUAGCGUGUAUAGACACCACAGCAGUUGAAUUGUCUGUUUUUGCUUUAGGCAUUGCCAUUGUCCUUACACCACUCAUCCUUAUUCUUAUAUCCUAUGGCUACAUUGCCAAAGCUGUGCUGAGAAUGAAGUCAAGGGCAGGCCAGCGGAAAGCAAUCAAUACCUGUGGAUCUCAUCUCACCGUGGUGUCUAUCUUCUACGGAACUAUUAUCUACAUGUACCUGCAACCAGGUAACAGUGCCUCCAAAGAUCAGGGUAAGUUUCUCACCCUCUUUUACACCAUCAUCACACCAAGUCUCAACCCUCUCAUUUACACUUUAAGGAAUAAAGACAUGAAGGAGGCACUGAAGAAGCUGAUGACAGUUGACCACAAAUUUACAAAAUCAAAGAGGAACUGGAAGUCAUAGAAAAAAUUAGCAAGGAUAAGGCAAUGAAAUAUUUUCUAGUUGUCUUUCAUUUUUAACUGAGGCAAGUAAUCCCUAGACUAUAGAGAUCAAUGAAUAUAAUUCUUGUAUGCAAACAUUUUGUGGACACAAAUAAUAUAAUAACCACCCUACUGGGAGUUCCUUUUGCGGCUCAGAGGCAAUGAAUCCAACUAUUAUCUAUGAAGACAAGGGUUCAAUCCCUGGCCUUGUUCAGGGAGUUAAGGAUCCACCAUUGCCAUGAGCUGUACUAUAUGUCAUAAACGCGGCUCAAUCCCACAUUGCUGUGGCAGAGGCCCGUGGCUGCAGCUCUGAUUUGACCCCUAGCCUGGAAAUUUCCAUAUGCCACAGGUGCAAUCCCCCUCCCAAAAAAAAACCUACUUAGCUGUUUUAUGCAUAUUUUUUGCAUAUCUUGUAGAAAAACAGGUCACAGAAUUUUUUUAUUUUUGCUUGUAAUCUAGCACAAAGCAGCUGUAAACAUAAACUUGAAGGCGUUUAAUUUG